CAACUUGAAUGACUCCAUCGCCAUCAUCCCAGCAAGACUAGAUCGCAAUCCUACCAUACACCGAUAUCGCGACACCACGGACACCGCCAGAAUGUCCGACGAUAACAUUUCCAUCUACGACGAGAUCGAGAUUGAAGACAUGACCUUUGACGAGGACAUGCAGAUCUACCACUACCCCUGCCCCUGCGGCGACAAGUUCCAAAUCGCCCUGGCCGACUUGCGUGACGACGAGGACAUUGCCGUUUGUCCUAGCUGCAGUCUCAUGAUUCGCGUCAUCUUUGAUAAGGACGACCUCCCCGAGGACCCCGAAGAUGAAGCUGAACCCGCCGUCGAGGACGCAUCCGCUCAGAUUCCCGUUGCCGCUUGAAGAAGACCUAUCUUCAGAUUCCAAGAUAAAAUGCCGCGCCACGAAGCGGUUACUUCGACUGCGCGAGCAGCACUACAGAUACUCGCGCCGCCAACCAGCCAAGCUCAUCGCCCAACCACGAGGUCCAGCGCAAAAAAGUACGAGCGCGGAAUAAGAACAACACGUGAGCGGUAUAUACAAGCGCCCGGGAGCUGAUCCUCGGUCAUUGCGCAUCAACAAAACAAGCCGAUUGCCACUUGCGGGCUUAGGACCUAUCCAGGAGGAAGCCUCCACGGUUGGACAAAUACUCUAGCCGCCCGCGUACCACAAGACUUGAUUACGUGUGACGGCGCACAAAGGAUUCC